UUGGUUGCGAAUCUUGUACAGAACAGUAUGCUGCAGUUCUCCUUUUGAAUAGUACCCAAUUCUGCAGAACAGAGUGCCUGUAAGUUUCCGGCAAGCACAACAUCCUGCGUUCUCUGCAAUUAGACAUAAACGUUUGGCCUGCUUUUAGUCUGAUCCGUAUCUUAUUUCACUGCCUGUGAAAUUUGUGAGGAGUACCCUGUGCCUUAGCAUCUCUUCUGGGAUCUGGUGUCUGUAAUUUCUGCAUUUGGGUAUGUUUGCACUCACUGGGUUGAUGAUUCGGAGUGCAGCAGCAUGCGAGGUGGACUAGCUAGAACUGUCUCGCAGCAGCAGGUUUGGUGUAGCGUUUGAGGUUUGAGCAUGUGUUAGGGGAGGAGAUACCCAUGGGGCAGCUCGGGAACAUCCCCAGUUCAUGGAACACAGAUUCCGAGGCGUUCAUUCUGGUUUCUGAGCAUCGCCCAAACCUUGGACCGAAUUUGGAGGCCGACGACAUUCCAGUGAUCAAUCUCGCGCCAUUUUUCGAUGUAAUUGGUGUGGAAGCCGAGGGCGAGAAUUGGUCGGCCAUUGGUGCCGUGGUUGAGCAUUCGAAAGAUCCUACGUUGCGGUCCUUGGUGGCCGAAAUUGGAAACGCGUGCGCGGAGUGGGGUUUUUUCCAAGUGGUCGACCAUAAAAUUUCUCCAGAGCUGCUGCGCAAGGUUAUGGAAGCCGCUAAGGGGUUCUUCUCACUUCCACUUGAGGAGAAAAAGAAAGUCGGCAGGAGUUUCGAACGGCCCCUAGGAUACAACGACUCGGAACUCACCAAAAACGCUCGCGAUUGGAAAGAGGUCUUCGAUUGGGCGCCUCUAGGGUAUUAUGAAAUGCCGGAAACUGUUGAUAGCGAUUACAGGAGUGGAAGAUAUUCCAACACCACAUUGAAGAGCUACAACCAGUGGCCUGCUAUGCCAGAUGGCUUCCGAGAAGCGUGUGAAACGUACACAGAAGCAGUGGUACACUUGUCUGGUUUGUUACUGGGCCUCAUAAGUGUCAGCCUUGGCUUGCCCUACGACGUCUUGCACCACUACUUUGACAAGGAUAACACGAUCCAAGCGCGCCUGAAUCAUUACCCUCACUGCCCACUUGCAGACCUGGUGUGUGGCGUGAACAGGCACGUAGACUCUGGGGCACUUACCGUCCUUGCUCAAGAUAGCGUCGGAGGUCUGCAGGUUAAGCGGAAGGACGGGCAGUGGGUGGCAGUGAAGCCACGUGAGGAUGCGUUUGUGGUGAACGUGGGUGCCAUUCUGCAGGUGUGGAGCAACGACAAGUAUCGCGGGGUUGAACACCGUGUUUCGGUGAACGAGAGGAAAGAGAGAUUCUCAAUUCCUGUGUUCUACGAUCCUUCCAUCAAGACGGAUGUGUUUCCAUUGCCGCAACUUCUGGAUGAAGAGCAUCCUGCACAAUACCAGUCUUACAAUUGGGGAUUCUUCCGGAGGACAAGAAACAACGGGAACUUUAAGCAGCUUGGAGAGAACAUCCAGAUCCACCACUAUAGAAUCUAGAGGGGGUGAGUGUAUUUGCACGUUUAGGAUCCUCUGAAGAGGAGCUAAUUAAAGAGGUGUCACAGUUUAAGCUUUGUAUAUAUGGUCGUGGCAGUUUCAAGUCAUGCUGUGCAACAGGAUGAGAUGUGAGCUAAUGAAUGAGUAUUGUUGAGGUUGGCUCAUUUCAAAGACAUGUAAGUUAGAGAUGUGAGUUGAAGCAUCCAACGUAGUUUCUUAAGCUUAAGCGUAAGACAGCAUUGUUGACCUCAGCAGAUUGCAUUCUUCGGCAUUAAUAAGAAAGGGUUAGUGUUGUCACUUUGCACCAAUGA